AUGAGCGAUAAGCUCAUGAAGAACAAGUUGCGCUCCAUCUCCUCGAGCGCAAUCAAGUGGAAACUUGGCAAGAAAAAUCAGUGCCAUCACUGGUUGAUGAUGAUGGCAAUUUGGAAGAGGAGAUGGAUGAGUGAGCCAUUCCUCAACGAGGAAGUUAUCAGUGUGGCACCACCGGCAACAGUCUCGGAUCGCAGAGAAGAAACAGUUCGUGAAAUCGAGCUGCGAUCUCGGACUAUAAGAGUCCCAAUGCUGGAGCAGGACAGAAACAACGAAGUACCAGCAGGCCCGGUAGCCUUCCAAGUGCCAUCAAUGGAGGCUUUACCGGCACAUUACCGACGAGCGCUGGCUGCUCCAGAAAUCGACCCAUACACGGUGACAAGGAAGGUUGAUGGGUCAACUGCAAACGAUUUUUGUCAAAAAUGCGACCAUUUUGUUAAAAUGCCGCAUGCAGCCUCUACUGAAGUGAUCGAGGCUGUUAUGGAGUUUCAUUCUAUGGAAUGGCGCACUGUGAUUUUUACCCAUAACCGUUGGCAAAAGUCAUCUAAUGCAGUUUCCGCCGUUUCCACCUCGCUCUCGCUUCGAAAUCUCAUCCGUGCGUAA